AUGUUGAAUUUAGGUGGAGGUUCGAAUAACGCUACUACAGGCCUUGGGGGAUCAACCUUUGGCGCUGCUAAGCCGGCCACUGGGGGAUUUUCUUUUGGUAGCAACAAUAAUGCGGCAUCUACAACUGGAACUGGAUUAUUUGGGAGUAACACACAACAGCAGGCCAAUUCUAAUACUGGAGGACUAUUUGGAUCUAAACCGGCUGGUACUGCCACCGGUGGUGGUCUCUUUGGUCAGCAGAAUUCUACUGCCCCGGCAUCUAGUACAACAGGAGGACUUUUUGGUCAACCGUCAAAUACGAACGCUACUUCGGGUGGCCUUUUUGGGCAACAGUCCAAUACAAAUGCUCCAUCAGGUGGUCUUUUUGGAGCAAAGCCUAGUGGACUAACAACAACAACUCAAACUUCUGGCGGGUUAUUUGGAAACCAGCCGGCAGCUCAUACUACAGGUGGAGGCCUUUUCGGUCAACAGAACAACGCCACCACUGCACCAUCUACCGGAGGUCUUUUUGGUACCACGCAAGCUGGUACGACUUCUACUGGAUUAUUCGGUCAGCAACAGCAACAACAACAGCCUGCAACUGGCGGCUUAUUUGGAUCUAAACCAGCUACGGGAGGUCUAUUUGGCCAGAGUAUCUCGCAGCCCCAACAAACUAAUGUCCCUGCAACAGCUACGAAUAGCAUCACCUCUACACAACCAUCUUUCGCUUGGUCAUCACAACAAGCUUCCGUAUCACAACAACCUCAGGUUCCUUCCGCAUUAAGCAACUUAAAUGUUCAAGCAAAUAAUACACAACCAAUACUAGCAAUGCAACAACAACAAAAUGCUAAUUAUCCAAAUCAAAUACAGGAACAAAUAACGAAAUGUAAAGAAUCAUGGGAUCCAUCAUCAUACAAAAGUAAAUUGCGAACAUAUGUCUAUAAUAAAGUGAAUGAAACGGAAGCAAUCUUAUAUAACAAGCCCAAUAAUGCUAUACAAGAAGAAUGGGAUCAUGCUAUUGAAAAUAAACCUAACAAUCAAGUCAUACCGGUACAGAUCUUUGGGUUCGAAGAUCUAAACCAACGUAAUAGAUUACAGAUUGAAAAUGUUGCACAAAUUAGACUUAUUUUGAAAGAAAUGCUAGAUAGGAACACCUCAUUACAACAGCGACAUGAACUAGAAACUGCUUCAAGAAUAUUAAAAGUAGAUUCAAAAAAUAUCGAAAUCGAAAGAAGAAUAUUGAAAGUAGCAUCCCAAUUGGCAAUAUUGAAAAAUAGAGGAUUGCCACUAACCAUUGGCGAAGAGAAAAUGUGGGGCCAAUUCAAACAUUUAUUGGAUAAAAGUAAUGAUCCUGCUGGGCUAGGUAAAAGUAACGAAUUAUGGGCGAGGUUAGCCGUUCUGAAAGAACGAGCUAAAAGCCUUUCAGAUAAAUUAGAUAAUACUAUGCUUGUCAUUAAUGAAAAUGGCGGCAAUGAGAUCAAACAAAAAAGAGACAGUACAGAUGAUACUAGCGAAAUUAAAAUAGAUAAGAUAGCCCACAUUUUAAGCAAUCAACAACGUGGUAUCUCUUACUUAAACGACAUUUUGGAAAAAGAUAAUGCAUCAAUCGAUGAAAGACUAAAGAAGAAAUGA